AGGUCCCCUAUUAAUUGACCUUAUUUUUGAUGCAUCAUAAUAUUCCAACGUCUACAUAUGGUUCCAGUCCAAUGACUUCUCUGCCUAACACAUCAAACACUCAUACUAUUAGUUCAUAUAUAACUAAAGCUACUCAAUCUUCAAGUCAGGAAAACAUUAGCGCUAUAGGUAUUUCAGACGAUGAUGAUGCUGGCUUGUUAGAUGGAGAAUUAUGGGCCCCACUAGCUGUUCGUGGUUACCUUAGCAAAUGGACAAAUUUGUUACAUGGGUGGCAGGAACGUUAUUUUGUUUUAUCUGAUGGCUUUCUAACCUAUUAUCGUAAUUCAGAUGAUUUGAAUUUAGGCUCUAGAGGUUCUAUACGUAUAAAAAAUGCAUAUAUUAAAAUUCAUGAAUAUGAUGAAUGUCGUUUUGAGGUACGCGUCGGUGAUGUUAUUUGGUAUCUACGUGGAUUAAAUCAAGAAGAACGUUAUACUUGGAUAUCUGCUAUUGAACGACAUCGUAUUGCUGAAUCAGGUUAUGGAUCAGAGAAAACUAUUCAUCAUCAUAGUUCUUUAUUAUCCCUUAAUUCAACUUAUAGUCCAAGUAUUCAUUCAGCGUCUAGUUUUAAACGAAAUCAUGGAAUUAAAGAGAAAUUGGCUGAAAUGGAAACUUUUAAAGAGAUAUUAUGCAAACAAGUUGAUUCAUUACAAGCAUAUUUUGAUGCUUGUAGCGCUAUUGUACAACAUAGUGGACAUGAUAAUUUAGAAAGAUGGCUUACUAAUACUAGUGAAACACAUUCAACAAGAUCAUCAUCAUCAUCUUGUUCUUCUCCAUCUUAUUAUUCAAAAGAUGAAACAAUAGAUUAUACUGUUACUCCUGAUGAUGAUGAUGAUGAUGAUGAUAAUGAUGAAGGUUUACAAAGAGAUAAAAGACAAUGUAAACAAAAGAUUUGUAAAUCUAUCAAUGUUAACAAUAAUAAUUACAACAAAUCAACGAAUGUUGAUAAAAUGACAAAUGAUCAAUGGUCAACUUUAGGCGAUUCUUCAUUAGAGACAUUAUCCACUAAUCCAUCAACUAAUAUCAAUACAAAAUCCACUAUUCAGCAAUCAGAUUCUUUAACAUAUUCAUCUAAAACAAUUGAUCAACAAUCAAUAAUUACUGAUAAAGAAUUAAAUAAUACAUCACGAACUAGUGGAGGAUUUUUUUCACGUUUACUCUCUUUUCGUAAUUUUGGCAAUACACAAACUAUUCAAACCGUUAUGGAAACAGAUAAUAUUGAUAUUAAAGAUAUCACAAAUAAUAAUAAUAAUAAUACUACCCAACAUAUUGAUAUGAAAGAAGUAUCUCAAUAUCAACCAUCUUCACGUUUCAAUGAUUUACGUCGUAUUCUUCAACAACAUGGUGGUCAUGCUAUGGAUUUCAAAGGUGAAGCUCAUAUGUUUAAGGCAAUCACAGCUGGAAUUUUAACAAAUUUAUCACAUACUAUUGAUAUGAUGCAACAACAUGAAGAAAGUUGGCGUAAACGUUUAGAACGUGAAAUAGAACGACGUCGUCGAUUAGAAGAAACACAAAAAGCAAUGAUACAAGAAUUAUUACAAUUACGUAAUUUAAUUGGUUUAUCAACAGCUAUAACAACAACAACAGCAACAACAACAACAACAACUACCACUAUUCAUAGUCAACAAACACAACAUCAUUAUUUACCAUCACAUGCAAGAUUUUUCAGUUAUGGAAAUAGUUUUGAUUUUAAACAUUUCUCUUCGGAUAGUUUUAAAGAAUCCAUAUCGAAAUGUAAUAAUAUUAUUGAUAAUAACAUUGUUAAUAAUGGUGAUAAUGUCAAUACUCUUAAUAGUGUUAAUGAUGAUAUACUUAGAUUAGUUGGUCCAGACUAUGAAGAAGGCUUAAAUUCACCUAUGCAUGAAGAAGAGUUUUUUGAUGCUAUAGAUGCAGAAUUAGAUAAAAUGGAACAGAAUGAAGUACGUUUAGCUGCUUUGAAGUCGGCUAGUGAAGCAUUACGUUGGGCUAGAGCAAUGCCAUCUAAUCAUCCAUUAUAUAAUGAAUUAGAUAAAGUUGUGAAAAUGCAUAUGAAAAAUUUUGCCAGUACACAAAUAUUUGAUUAUUCAUCGAAACUUUGUUCGACUUCUUCUAAUAAUUCACUGUCAUCAUCAUCGACUGUUACAUUAUCCUCCACUGCUUGUAAUGAUAUUCAUUCACAAGAAGAUAUUGGUAAUAACAGAAUCGAUAGUAAUAGUUAUGAAAUUCCUGAAAAUUGGAGAAUUGUUGUUCAAGAAGGUGAUAUGAUUAUUUUUCGACGAGAACUUGUAUCAGAUGAUGGUGUUGUAUUGGAUCCUUUACAGGCUAUUCACGUUGUUCAUGGUGUCACUGCCCGUGAGAUGUGUACUUACUUUUGGGAUGUACGUUAUCGAAUGGAAUGGGAGUUCACGGUGGAUCAUCCACCAGCUGUACUUGAAGUAUGCGGAGAUGAUACUGUGGUUACACAUCAGGUAUACAAACGUGUUUGGCCAACAACUCAACGAGAUUCUUUAUUUUGGUCUCAUAUAUGUCCUGUAAAUCCUGUUCAAAUAAAUACUAAUCCUAAGCUAACUCAUAGAUCAAGUAUAUCUUCAGAUUCUUAUAAUAUUCGAAAUGAUAUUCAUCAAAAUAAAGUUCAUCAACGUUCAGCAUCUAUGGGAACAGGAUCAACAUCCAAUAUAUCAUCCUAUUCACAGUCAACUAAUAUAACAAAUAAUGAUAAUAUUACACAAUCACAUGAUUAUUCAUUCAAACAAUCAACUAAUUCAAAACAUUCAUCAAAUAAUAAUAAUAAUAAUAAUAAUAAUAAUUCUAAUGUAUUAGAUGGAUGGAUGGUUGUUAAUAUGUCAACGAAUUAUCUUUCUGAAAAAAUUCCACCAUCUUCAUCACCUACUAUACGUUUAGGUUUAGAAGUUGUUUUAUUUUGUCGAACAGAAAUUUUACCAAAUACUAAAACUUCUUCUCCUUCUUCGUCAUCUUCUUGUUCUUCUUCAGAAAUAUCAUUUUCAUCAAAUGAUUUAAGUAAAUUAACUCGUAAUCAAUUAUGUACACGUCUUGUUUAUAUGGCUAAUAUUAAUCCAGGUGGUUGGGUACCAGCUGCUGGUUUACGUUCAUUAGCACAACGUGAAUAUCCAAGAUUUUUAAAACGUUUUAGUACUUAUGUAAAAGAACAAACACAAAAUAAAUUACCAUUAUUUUAA